AUCAAAUCACAGCCGACCGAUCCUGGCUCGAAGAUCAAGCCGACCAAGGAAACGCUUCUGCCUCGUAUCUCCUGGCAUACACCCUCCAAGUCAUUAUCGGUUAUUUGAAACGGUCCCAGCAGAAAGGCCUAAAGCAGCAAAUUAUCCUCAAUCUGAUGAGUGCAGCCAAAGCCGAUCAUGCGAUGGCACAGUUCUACUUGGCGGGAUGCUAUCGCGUAGGAUAUGGAGUCGACCAAGACCACGCCAAGGCUAUCGAGCUGUACCGCAGUCUGGCCGAACGUGGGAUGCCUCAGGCUCAAGUUGCCCUCGGCCAAUACUUUGAGAAUGGCGAAGGUGUCAAUCAGAGCUUCACCACCGCGAUCGAGUGGUAUUCCAAGUCCGCCAAUCAAGGAAACGACGAUGCUCGAGACAGAAUGGCCCAGUUUUGGAUCGGAAUGUGCUACUACUGGGGCGCGGGAGUAUCGCAGGACCACAAGAAGGCAUUCGAGUGGUAUAGCAAGUCGGCCAAUCAAGGCAGCUCGUUCGGGCAGUGGAUGGUUGGUCAUUGCUACUAUUUUGGAACCGGAGCUACGCAGGACCAGUCCAAGGCAUUGGAGUGGUAUCGCAAAUCGACUGAGCAGGGCAAUCGAUAUGGACAAUACUACUGCGGUCACUGUUUCCAAAAUGGUUGGGGUGUCCCCAAGGACAUCGACACCGCCAUCCUCUGGUUCCGCAAGUCCGCCGACCAGGGUUACAAAUUUGCCAUCGACAGACUCAAGGAACUCGACCAGUGGCCCUGA